UGUGUGUGUGUGUGUGUGUGUGUGUGUGUGUGUGUGUGUGUGUGUGUGUGUGUGUGUGUGUGUGUGUGUGAAUAUGUGCGCGUUGGAAGCGCGCGCGUGUCCAGAUUUCCGUGUUUUCAAAGCGAAAGCAAUCACGCGUCAGACUCACUAUAUAAACCUGCAGAGCGGCUCUUUACUCACACACACAGACAGACACACACCGAGAGGAACAUCUUACAGAGAACAGAUCACUGAAUCCAUCACUGAAAGCCUUUAUUUCUUUUUUCUUUUCUUGACUUGUGAUUGUUUUAUUAUGGGUCUUAUUUUCUCCUCCAUCUUUUCACGGUUCAUACACAAGAAGGAGAUGAGAUUGCUGAUGGUUGGUCUGGAUGCAGCCGGAAAGACUACAGUGCUCUAUAAGCUCAAACUGGGUGAAGUCGUCACAACCAUUCCUACUAUCGGCUUUAAUGUGGAGACAGUCGAGUACAAGAACAUUUCCUUCACCGUGUGGGACGUCGGAGGACAGAACGUCAUUAGACCGCUCUGGAGACACUACUAUCAGAACACCACGGGCAUCAUCUUUGUGGUGGACAGCAGCGACCGUGAGCGCAUCCAGGAAGCUGCUUUAGAGCUGCAGAUGAUGCUUGAGGACGAUGGUCUGAGGGACGCCGUUGUGUUGGUUCUUGCAAACAAACAGGAUUUACCCAACGUGAUGCCGGUCCACGAGAUGACCGAGAAGCUCAGAAUGCACGCCAUGAAGGGACGAGAUUGGUACCUUCAGUCAACUUGUGCAACAAAUGGAACAGGUUUAUAUGAAGGACUGGACUGGCUUUCAAAUCAGCUCUCCAAACGAUAAAAUCUGAUCAACUGCACUGAGUGAAUUUAUUAGAAAAAUACUUUACUGUAUAUAAAUGUGCCAAUAACCUUG